GAGGAGGAGAUGAGAACACGUCGCCGAUCCAAUUGUCGGCCUCCGGCAGCCACGUGGGAAUCACGUGUGCCAGGGUGAUCACACGACGUGGUGUUCACGCCGCCGCACGCUUUUGAGCACCGGAGAUGACUUGUUUGGGGUAUCGGCUUGUCGUGCACCAGCGGCGCCCGACUUGUAAGGCGCCAAACCUGGGUCGUUGGAUGGGACACAUGGCGUGAUCUUCUGAAGCAUGCGAGGGUUAUGUCACGUGAAAUAGCGAUGGCACUCAUAUGAAGACCACGUGAUUAGUACAUGUGGGUAGUCUUGUCAUUUCGAGGAGAGCAAUUGCUCCGUGUUGAUGAUACCACGAUAAGGGCCUAGACCUUCAAAUGCUAUUUUAACCACAAUCGUUUAUUACCAACAGCUUAACUAACAUAACGACAAAAGAUCCCAAUGUGGGACCCUUAAUUCUGAGCCGCCGAUUUUCAAGGCUCUUGAUUUUUCUAUUUUGAAUUUUCUAACCAUGGAUUCUUUUAUUUUUGGGGCCACUACAACAAAAGUAAACUCUGUUUGAUUUUCGGAGAAUCGUAGCUUAGUUUUUUAUUCUGUUUGUUUGCGGAGGAAACAGAGGACAAGAUAGAUUCUUCUGCGGACGAUCAUAUUUUCUUUCUUCUUCCUCCGGUUUCUCAGCGAGGGAGAAAACUUCAGAAGAUUAAUCGAUCCAGCCAUAAUCUUUGAGCUCAAACUAACGCUGAUUUUGGUUAGGUGAUAGAGGAGAUGGUGAAACCUAGUAAAGAAACAAAUCAGGAGUACGAUGAGGAGGAAGAAGUAGAAGACGGCAGCUGUAAUCGGACACCGAAGAUGGCAGAACACCGUAAAGGAAGGAUGGAGGAAAACGCAGAAGAUGAGCACCUAGAGGGAGAGGAUAGCGCGAAAAUAGUGGAACCUUGUGUUGGAAGAAAUCAAGAAGAUGAUGGGGUUGAGGAAGAGGAAGAAGACGAAGAGGAGGAGGACGACUUGAGUUAUACAGUGCCGUCGAACACAUCUUCUCUUGUUGAGCUAAACCUACUGAUUGUGGUUCUUUCGUUGUUCUCUGCAUCCACUGAAGAAAGCUUGAAUGGUGAGGAGAGAACCAAGGUUAGAAGCCCCAAAAACCAUGAAGAAAAGGUAGCCGCAUCAAGAUUACAACCUCGAAGAAGGGAAAUGAACGAAUUCAAAGUUGUGGGACGACAAACACCACGUAUGCGGUUUCAGACAACGAUCAAGGAUUCCCGGCAUUGCAGAAGGAUGUGAAGAAUGUCGUAAAAACACGAAUGGCCAUGGAAAGAAGGCAGGCCAAGGGUGUUGCAAAAAAUUCUAGGAUGCCUAGUAUGUAUUCUUAUACUAUUUUCGGGAAUUUUUGUUACUAUUACCAUAUCACCUACAAUCGAAAGAAAGAAAGAAAGAAAAGUACAGUGUUAAUUUGUAUCGCUUGAUCUAUAAACCUUACUCGGCUACAAUUCUCUUGUAACACAUCUGGAGAUGAAAAGAAUCACCAAAGAAUUAUUAUGCUCAA